UUUUAAAGCAAAAUAUUAAAUAAAACUUGAACGAUGUCGUAGCAAGUUGAAUAAACUUUUUAUUUAAAUUCACUGAAAAUCCUUAAAAAAUGACAGUUUCUUAUACGGCAGAAGUGGCACAUAGCACUUGGUUUGGUUGUUUUCCAAAACUUUUAUUAAGAUGGCGAGCUAGCAUUUACAAACUUAUUUGGGUGGAUGUUUUGACUUAUAUAGGCAUUUAUUAUGCUAUAAAUGGAACUUAUCGUUUCCUAUUGAAUGCGGACCAAAAGAAAUGGAGAGGCAGUAUUUAUAAAUUAAUUUGGUUGGACUUGGUGCUGUUUUUAACUCUGUAUUAUUGCAUCAACUGGAUUUAUGUUUAUUUAUUAGACGAGGAAGCUAAAAGAACUUUUGAGAGUAUAGUCUACUAUUGUGCCAGUUAUACGAGUCUCAUUCCUCUGUCUUUUGUAUUGGGUUUCUAUGUCAAUUUGGUUAUGACACGCUGGUGGGAACAGUACAUUACAAUACCUUGGCCCGACUCAAUAGCUGUUUUUGUUAGUGCUCAUGUGCACGGCCAAGAUGAAGGCAGCCGUGUAAUGCGCCGCACUGUCAUGCGUUAUGUGUGUUUGUGUCUGACUAUUGUGUUUACUAUGAUAUCACCAUGUGUAAAAAAGCGUUUUCCCAAAAUGAAACAUCUUGUUGACGCAGGACUUUUACUGGAAAAUGAAAAGAAAAUUAUAGAGUCAAUGGACAACUCGUUUCCUAAAUAUCCAAAACAUUGGAUGCCCAUAGUGUGGGCGGCUAGUAUCAUAACGAGAGCACGAAAAGAGGGCCGUAUUCGUGAUGAUUUCGCUGUCAAAACAAUAAUCGAUGAGUUAAAUAGUUUCCGUGGUCUUUGUGGCACCUUAAUGUACUAUGAUUUUAUAAGCAUUCCUUUGGUUUAUACGCAAGUUGUAACAAUUGCAGUUUAUUCUUUUUUUGUGGGCAGCUUGUUGGCUCAUCAAUGGACUUACAACAAAAAUAAUACUUACGAAUCAUUGGAUUUUUAUUCUCCUAUAUUUAUAACAUUGCAGUUUUUCUUCUAUAUGGGCUGGUUGAAGGUAGCGGAAACCUUGAUUAAUCCUUUUGGAGAAGAUGAUGAUGAUUUUGAGGUAAAUUGGAUGAUUGAUCGAAAUUUACAAGUCUCGUAUCUUAUAGUCGAUGAAAUGCAUCACGAACAUCCAGAAUUAGUAAAAGAUCAAUACUGGGAUGAAGUUUAUCCUAAUGAAUUGCCCUACGAAAGUGAAGCGAAACGAGAGCAACCACCAGAACCGUCCACCGCCAAAUAUGACUUAGAAGAUGCACCUAAGCGAGUAGUAUCUAAAGUAGCAUCUCAAGCCAACUCUGUUGCACCAAAUGGAAAGCCACGAACUUCAACACAUAGUAAUUUAAAUCAACGCAGUCAACGAUUUAAUGAAGCAUUUCAACGUUUUUUCACACAUUCGGAAGAUAAUGCAACAAAUACAAGCGUAGAUGUGGAAAACAGUUUUCAAUCAGUUUCCGAUAUUGAAAAUAUCGAACAUAUUACGUCUUAUACACACUCAAAUAUUGAUGAAUAUGAGUCUCAACUAGACAAUGAAAAACUUUGGAAACGAUCUGUAUUGGAACCAGUAACAGAAGAGGCUGAAGAAUUUUCUGAAGCUCAGGAGGACGAAGAAGAGCUGCUGAAUAUUGACGAGGAAUAUUAUGAAAAUGAAACACCAACAUCAUGUGAAAGUGAUUCCGAUUCUGAUUUAUUCGAAAAACUUCGUAUUGAACGCCAAAAACAACGUACGCAAAGGAUGAAUGAUUAUUUGGAGCGACAUUUUGGUUCCAAUUUUCAAUUUGUUAAAGAGUAUUUAACUAAUUUGGAAACAAAAGCUAAUAAGUCAACAUCAUUUGAGAAAAAGGAAGAAGAAAAAAUUUUAACUCAUCUGAAAAAUAAUGAAAAUCUUUCGACGCCUAUAACUUCUACUGCUAAUCAAAAACUGACUUCUGUAACACUGCUAACAAUAGACAGAAAUUCUUUGGAGCGAGAGUUGCUCACAGAUUUAGAAAACUCGAAAUUGUCGAUAACGAAUGAUAUAAUGAAAACUAAUGAAGAACCAACAUCAAAUAUUGAUAGCCAUGAAAAUAUAUCUUCAACAUCUACGAAAACAGUUCCAUUAAAACAAGAUUUCCAAAUAUUUCAAAUUGCUUCAGAGAAUUCUAUUUUAUCACCAGAAGCUCAAACCGAGUUAGUAUUACCAUCAAUAGAAAUUAGACCUUUUGGGUCAUCUCCAGCAUCAGAAACAAUAAAUCAAGUUAAUUUUUCUGCAAAUAUUGAACAAAAAUCACACCCCUCUAAUGAAUCUGAGCUAUUUUGGCUUUCUAAAGCCACAUCUCCAUUAGGUUCUGCAAGGAGCGUAUCUACGCAGUCUUCUUUAGUAGAUGAUUGGGAAAUUCUGUCUACAGGAAGCACAUUUGGAGAGUACAGAGUAGAUAUAGGUGAAUCGGAAAAUGAACACAAUACUUAAAAUAAAUACACUUCUUUUGCCUUAACCAUUUAUUUAUGAGUAGAGUUUGUUUUAUAGUUUCACCAAAAUUACAACAAUUUAUUUUCUCAAGUAUUUUGAUUAUAGUCUCGUUUUGCUUAAAUGUUAAUACACACUUAUAUAAAAAUGGUAUUUUCAUAGUCAUAAUUUCAGUGUAUGUAACAAAAAUGUAUUUUAGACCAAAAUACUAUAAAUAAUGGAUAUUAUCAUUGGUUUUGUUUAAAAAAAUUGCGUUAAUAUUAAAUUUUCGCUACAUUUUCGUUUACCAUAAAAGCAUCUUGGUUACCCAAAAAUAUAAAAUGAACAAACGCCAUAUGUGUGAAAUACAGUGGAAAGGGUUGAGGCAGUUACGAUACGUAUAAGUUACUGAGUAUUUAUGUGAAAAACAAAAAAAUUCUUUGAAAUACAUUCAUAUUUCAUUGUUGUAAUAUUAGAGAGGCAGAGGAUAUGAAAAUAUGAAAAAGUUGCUAUAUUUUCGAAAGCUCAUUAAGUCGAUUUAUGUGGCAUGCCAUAAAUUGUUGCAACAAAAUGUUCUUCUGUGCAAAACAAAAUGACACCAUACAUACAGACUACUACAUUUAAGGAUAUUGUUGUAUUUAGUUAUGUACAUAUGGAUGUAUGUACAUUGUACAAUCAUCAUAUAUUAGAUAUUUAGUUGCCAGUAGGCUGUAUAAUUUUAACCACAUUAAAAAAAAGAUACAGAGAAAAUAUUGAAGACCAUUCAUAUGUAAAAUGUUAUGUUUUGAAAAAAGCCAAGUAAAUAAAUUACAACCAAAAGCAGA